AUGUGGGGGUUAGCGAGAAAGCCUCUGGGUACGCCAUAUAGAAAGCAGCGAGUGGCAUCUUCGGAUCAACUCGAUGGCGGACCCGGUACUGGCCAGGAGAAGCCGGCCAACUGCACCAUUAUUGGGCGUAGAUUUGUGACUACAUUUGUGAUGAGCACCGAUGCGCGGACGCCGGGGUCUGGGGCCUGCGAGGGGACCGGAUCGUGCACGUUUGAAGCAGCGGCCCCGAAAAAAGACCAGACAAAGUUAAUUCGCUACUCCUAUCACGAACCGUCGUGCUGUUUCAAGGGCCAGUGGCGCCGUGGUGGAAGGAAUAGUGCAUUGGCCCACAUCUGGACGACCUGGCGAUAUCCACGAACGAACUCGGCGAGUUCAGCGAGUCCAGAAAUCUCAGCUGACUUCCUCCAAGGUGCGUAG